UAGAGAAUAUAUUGGACUUAAGUUGAGCUCAACUUUUUUUUCCAAAUGAAUUUUACUUAAAUUAUUCUCCUAAGAAGGUAAAAAAAAUGGUAGAAAUGGUGGAAAGUCGACUUCAUUUUGCUUAAUUAUGUUCGCCCUCAAGUGCGUACAAUGCGAUUAUAAAGGUAGAUUGGUAACUUUUGUGAAGAUAUUACAAGUGACAAGUCGAUAAAAAUAAGCAGGGCUCUAAAAGUUAUCUGUCGCUUCGAAUUCUCAGGAGGUUAAAGCAUCUUUAUCUAGACCCCCCGUUGCCAAAAUCAGAUCUCUGGCUAAAUGGGCUGGGCUGGAAUUUAAAGUUAAAUGCUUUUGGGUGAUUUACCCCACCCUUGUUUCACUAAUGUAUUUCCAAAGGCCGAAGAAAAAGAAAGGAGCCUUUGGAAUUGUUCACUUUUAAUGGGAUUAAUGCACUUUUUAUGCCAAAUUACAGUUCAAUCAAACUCAAAUUUUACCACCAGUUUCCAACUUUUCCCAGAUUUCGUUCAGAUUUUUCGCCCGAUUUGUGUAAAAGAAGGUGGGCUAAUAUUUCACUUGCAGCUGUCCAUUUAAUGGUCAUUUUAUGUCGCUUAUGGCCAUUUUUAGGACAUAAUGCACGCCCUAAAUGGGUCAUUUGAGCCCUGGGUAUCGAUUCGAAACUUCUGUAUUUGAUUUUUUUUGUCUACAUUGUCCGUUUAUUUGUGUGACCGAUCAAUUCAUUUGCUCAACUUCUUUUUUUGUUGAAUUUUCCUUUCAAGAAUUUCCUACCAAUUUCCGUCCUUUUUCAUUGGAAAAUUAAGUGCAGUCAAAACAACAGAGAAUUGACAUUUCUUCUUCAACUGGCGAACUAAUAAUGAUGAAAAUUCUUGAUUCAACAACAUUAUUCGGCUUUUCUCAGAACAAACCGAUUCUGAAGCGCCAGCUGAAGGUGCGCUGACCAACAUGCGACGACGGAAACAACGUCGGAAAGAUCCACAAUUAUUCUAGACGAACCUAGAAUCUUCUAAAAGGAAUUCAAACUUCAUCAAACCACUGCCUUAUCUUCACAUUCGAUACAGAACUGAACUGCAAAAUAUCCCUGUUUUUGGCUGUUUCCGACCAUAAAUAGAAAUCCACGCAAUUUGCAGCCAAGAAUUCCAAACAUUUUUGAACUUUGCAAGCAGAAUUAUAGUUACUCCAAACCAUCUAACAGAUUUUUUUUUUCAAUUAUAGAGAUACUAUUUAUUAUUAAUGGUAUACUAACUGUAACCAGUAGUAAUCGAGGCACUGUGUAAUAUAACUAGUUACUUAACUAGAUCUAUUUAUAAGCAUGGUGUUGGGUGAGAUUACGAGUCUGAUCAAGCAGGGGGGCUCUACUCGGUCCACAGACUUGGUGGACAAAUUGAAUUUCACCGUGACUCCCUUUCUCUUCAUACUUUUCGCAACCUUCACCACUAUGAGGAUGUUUGUGGGGGAUACUAUCAAAUGUUGGACUGAAAACGACUUCACACUGCAGAAGAACCAGUACACGGACAACAUGUGCUGGGUGUCGAAUACCUACUAUCUGCCCUACAACUCCCUCCCCUCCCACGGGAAGAUGGAGGGCACAGAUGAAGAAAUAGUCUACUACCAGUGGACUGCCAUCAUCCUCAUCAGUCUCGCUGUGGCCUGGUAUCUCGUCGCUCUAGUCUGGAGAUUCUUCAUUUCCAGACACAUGGACCUCGAGACCAUACUCAAAUACGCAGAGUCCACUCGUAUCAACAUCGACCCAGCCACCAGACACAAAUUCGUGAACGACACUCUCUCGAAGCACUUCAAGAUCUACAUCCAACGGAACCGCAACUCCUACAAAAUCAGUCUGGCUUACAUGGCUGUCAAAAUAACAUGCAUGAUACUGCCAGUGCUGCAGAUCACUUUUCUAUCCACACUUUUCGGAGAGGGAUACGUGUGGUAUGGAAUCGAUAUCAUUCAGAGGGCGCUCAACUGGGACUUGGCCGAGAUAAAGCCGGUUCGAUUCCCGGUCGUGGCCUGGUGCGACUUUUUCAGACUUGUGCCUGGAAACAUCCAGAGAUACACAAUCCACUGUGUGCUGGCGGCGAACCUGUUCAACCGAGCCAUCUUCGGCAUCGUGUGGUUCUGGCUCAUGUUCACGUUCCUGGUCACUUUCAUCAACUGGCUCAUCUGGAUCUUCCGGCUGUUCGCCAAGUUCUUCACCAGAAGAUACGCCAACACCAGACAGAACUACCUGAGGGAACUGCUCAUCAUCGCCAAUGACGUUAGAGAAGGCGAAGAAGGGAGAAUCUAUGAUGAAGUAGACGACGUGGCAAUCAAUCAGAAGUGGCGUCAGGAACAGCGCCUGUACCAGUUCUCCAAGUACCUCGGUUGUGACGUCAACCUCAUCCUGCGACUCAUAGGCAGUAACACCUCGACUGUGGUGGCGUGUGAACUGGUCUCCGUCCUCUACCAUCAGUUCUUCUCUCCCCCCAACACCCCCGAGCAGACUAAGAAGUCCAAGCGGGACGGGGCAGCCAAAGACAAAGAGGAGGACUCUAUACCGAGUCUUCCUUCGCUCUAUUAUAAACUGGACAUGGGUGAGCGCAGCGCCAGCGGCUAUAGCCGCGCGGGAACGGCCGCCGCUCUCACUCUAGCCGCCCGGCGGAGGAUAGAGAGGAAGAAGGGAGGCGGUAACGGUGAUUCUGAUGAAAGCGGCAGUGGCAGCGACGACGACGAUGACGACGAUGGCGACGACGAUGACGACGAUUCGGGCGACGACGACGAAGCCAACAACGAAAUGGACGACCGAAAAAACAGGAUUGUAACGCUAGAUGACAACGAGGCUGACUCGGGCGACAACGACGAAAUUGACGAGACUAUGCUGGACGCGAUCAUGAUGGAGGAGGCGGCCAUGAUGGAGGGGGCUGAGGAGGACGGGGACGAGGGGGGAGACGACGACGGGGAUGACGACGGGGAGGAGGAGGAGGAAGAAGAAGAGGAAGAGGAGGAGGAAGAGGAGGAGGAAGAAUAGACAUCGAAGCACUCUUCUGGAAACCCAAUUGUUAUCAGCGCAAAAGAAAUGCAACAAAAAUAGCAAAAGCUUCGGAUUCUGACUUGCAGAUCUAUACUCAAACCCGACAAAUCGGACCUCAACUUACGACAACAGCAUUUGCUGCUGUUUUCAUCAGAAUCAUCGUUAUCCAAUCAAAUUCUUCUUCCUCUCUUUCUCUCUCCUCGCGACACCCGUUCGUGGCUCGAUAGUUCCUUCACACCUCGUUCACACUUAUGAAUGGGUACUUCUAACCAUAUCACCACUCUUUUACUAUACCACUACUUUGGCCUUAAGCUGUGCCAAUUUGUCCACCGUUAAAUCGUCGAACAGUGUCGUCAAAGAUAUAAGUUAAACUCGGUCGUUCGUAAAUUGCAUUCGCCAUAUGUCGCUAUAGAUAGCUAGCUGAUCCAUGUAUAAUCAAA